AUGGCGGUCCUGCACCUUGAGGUACAGGGCGCUGGGAGGAAGAGGAAGCGCCGAGUAGAAAGAAGGCUUCUCGUUGAUGAAAAAGUAGAGAUAAGGAGUUUGGAAGAUGGCUUUCUUGGUUCUUGGCAUGGUGGGACUGUUAUUGCAUGUAGCAAUGGAGUUCGUCAUGUUAUGUACGAUCAUCUUCUUUGUAAUGAUGGUUCUGGUUUGCUUGUUGAUGCUAUUUCCGUUUCUGCUAAUUUAGAUGAGGCUAAUUCCUUGAGUGGGAAUACAAAUGUUCGAGGAUAUAUAAGGCCAAUACCACCUAUGGUUGAGUUUGGAAAGUGGGGCUUGCCAUAUGGACAGUGUGUUGAUGUGAAUUACCAGGAUGCGUGGUGGGAAGGUGUUGUUUUUGAUCACGAAGAUGGUUCUGAAGAGAGAAGAAUUUUCUUUCCAGAUUUGGGAGAUGAGUUGACUGUUGGAAUUGGAACGUUGCGUAUUACGCAGGAUUGGAACGAGGCUACCGGGGAUUGGCAGAGACGGGGGACUUGGUCGUUUCUUGAGUUAAUGGAUCAAUGUGAGCAGGAAUCCUAUCUUCCAGUUUCUUUGAAGCAAAUAUGGUAUGAAGUACGGGCAAAAGAAGAUUUCAUGAAGAUUGGUGAGUGGACUUCUCCUAUGAACGAUUUGUGGAAGGAGUUGGUGAUGGAGGUCAUUGAAGAAAAUUUAGAUAUUACUCUAAAGGAAAUGCUUCGGGUGUUCGAAAUUUCUUCAAGUGUAAGAUGUGAGUUUGGAAAAACUAAUGAUUGUGUCAACAAGAAUCCUUCUAUCAAUUUUGUUGACUUUGAUACAACUGCAGUUACUGGGGAAUCUAUAAAAAGUGAUAUGAUGGUUAAGGAUGAUUUCAAUCAGGAAAAUGCAUUUGAUGCUCUGGGAGAAGUGCACACACAUGAUAGUUUGGAUGCGGAGUUGCUAGAUUCUGGUCCAAAUUCUAUUGAUUUUCAUCUAUCUCAAGGAAAAUCUCAACUAGAUGAUGAUAUCGAAUCAAAAACUUCGAAUGAUUUAGAUUUUUCCUGCCAUGAUGAAGCAUUAUCUGUGCUGCCUAGAGGAUCGUCAACCAUAGCUUCUGAUUCUGAGGCAUUUUCUGGUGCUAGUGGUUCCAUUAGCUGUCAGCAACCGCCAAUUAUCAAGCAUAAAAAUGUAAAUAAACAGCUAAAAUGUUUGGGACGUGGGAGGUUUGUUAAAUGGGAAACUCUUAGUGCUACGAUUCCUCUUGAUGCUGCAUCAUGCCCUGAUGCUGUUAAGGAAUAUUCAAUUUGGGGCAAAGAAAAGGCUACACAAGCUUUGGCUGAAAAUGCAAGGAAGCAUCUUUUACAUCUUGGCUGGGAAAUUGAAUGCAGGACAGAUAAGCCUACUUUUAGAUAUACCUCUCCUGAUGGAAAGUGUUUCUAUUCUCUUCUUCAGGUGUGCAAUCUCUUGGAGGAACACUCCGUUGAGAUCCCUCCAUCUGUUUCCGGAAAUGAAAGGAGAAUCAUGCAUGACUCAUGUCAAGUGAUACUCUCAUCUAGUGCCCUUGAACAGAGAGAAAAGAGUUCAAGUCCCAACAACUGCUUUCCGACUACUCUCGACAGUUCUGGUGUUGUCUUAGGACAACCUGAACUUUUGCAUAAAGCUGUCAUGGACUACCAUAACCGCUUUCCGACUACUCUCGACAGUUCUGGUGUUGUCUUAGAACAACCUGAACUUUUGCAUAAAGCUGUCAUGGACUACCAUAACCUGAGUCAGUUAGGAAGUAGUGGAGCUAAGGAUGUGCUUAAAAUGCAAUCAGAAGCAAGGAGGCAUCUAUUAUCUUUGGGAUGGCAUAUGCUUGUCAAACAGAAAGGUAAAGGAGACAGGCAAAGAUGGUGCUACACUUCACCUCUAGGCAGAAGUUGUAUGACACUUUCAACCGCCUGCAAGAUCUGUUUAGAUGAAGAGGGUGUCUACAAUCGUACCGACUCUCCUGUUAGAACUAUGGAAAAUGUAUUCAUUAUACAGAAGGCUGAGGGCCAGUUAGUUAGUAAUAAAAUUUACUCUGCACCAAGUAAUAUAGAUGUACAGGAAUGCUCGAUGCCUUCAAAUUCAAUAAGAACAUGUUGUGGAGAGUCUCCUAGAAUAUCUCCACCCAAAGGUUUCGAGGAAUUUGGUCAAGACAAAUUUCAAAGAACUAAAAAACCCAGGAGCAUGGCUAAUUUAUUUUGUUUUUCACCUCACUUAGCUCAAAGGCAACAUAAUUUAGAUGGUAAAGCAUGUGAAUCAGGCAUCCAGACUGUAUGCAAAAAGUAUUUGAGGUCCACAAGAAGUCCUGGAGCAGUUAAGCAAAAAUUGAACAGAGAAAGUGUAUGUGCGAAUAUCAAUAAAUUUUCAGAUGACAUAGAACAUAGGAGGUCUAUGCGGGUGUCACGCUCAAGCAAAAGAGUUCAUGAGGUGGUCACUCCAAGUCCUUCACACCACAACCCUAGAACAGUACUCUCCUGGUUGAUAGACAACAAUAUGGUGUUGCCCAGGGCAAAGGUUUAUUACUGUAGAGGGAAGGGCCUUCAACCAAUGGCUGAAGGAAGGAUAUCUCGUGAUGGGAUCAAAUGCUGCUGCUGUCAGAAGGUAUUUACUAUCAAUGGUUUCGGAAUACACGCUGGCGGUAUUUCAUCUCGAUCGGCUGCAAAUAUACUGCUGGAAGAUGGACAAUCUUUGUUAGAGUGCCAGAUACUAUGCAAUAAAAAGACCUCGAACUUUAAGAUCGAAGCAUUUGAUUGUAUGGAAGGUGGCUAUUCUAAAGGUGAGAAUGACUAUAUCUGUUCAAUUUGUCACUUUGGAGGCACAUUAAUUUUAUGUGAUCAGUGUCCAUCAUCAUUCCACCAAAGCUGCCUGGGUUUACAGGACAUUCCCGAAGGUGAUUGGUUUUGUCCAUCGUGUUGUUGUGGCAUUUGUGGCCAGAACAAUUUGAGUCAAGAUGCCAAUGUUGCUGAUGACCCUUCCCUCACUUGUUAUCAAUGUGAACGUAAAUAUCAUGUUGAAUGCCUAAGGGAGACCAAAAAGUUUGGAAUCCGUUCUAACACUUAUUGGUUUUGUAACAAACAAUGUAAAGUGAUAUAUUGUGGUCUCCAGAAGCUAUUGGGAAGAUCAAUUCCAGUGGGUGGUGACAAUCUAACCUGGUCACUACUAAAGGCCACAACCUCUGAUACUGAUUAUUUCAAUUCUCCUCACCUUGAGACCUUGACAGAAACCCAGAGCAAGCUCAAUGUUGCUCUCUCUGUGAUGCAUGAAUGUUUCAAACCAGUUAGGGAACAUCACACGAGGAGAGACAUUGCAGAGGACGUCAUCUUUAGCAGAAGUUCAGAGCUUAAGCGGUUGAACUUUCAAGGUUUCUAUACAGUCCUUUUAGAACGAAACGAUGAAUUAGUUAGUGUCGCUGCUAUAAGGAUCUAUGGAGAGAAGGUCGCAGAAGUUCCACUCAUUGGCACUCGUUUUCAGUAUCGCCGACUUGGCAUGUGUCGUAUUUUGAUGAACGAGCUCGAAGAGAGGCUGAGAGGACUGGGAGUUCAGAGGCUGAUCUUACCAGCUGUUUCUAGUGUGCUCCAUACAUGGACUACUUCAUUUGGAUUUUCAAAGAUGACUGAUUCCGAGAGAUUAGAGUUUCUUAAUUACACUUUCCUGGAUUUCCAGGAAACUGUAAUGUGCCAGAAACUCUUGCAGAAGAACACAGUUGGGUCUAGCUCAUUAUCAGGGAAGUCCCAAAUUCACGAUGAUGCCAACGAAAACAGCAACGGGUCUGAUGAGAUUUGAAGAUACAGUGCGAGAACUGACCUUCAUCCAACGACGCAUGCUUAGGAGAGCAGUAUCUUGAGUCGAGUACAUCCUCACCCCUCUCAAACUAAUCUUACAAAAAUGGAAAAUGGAAUUAAACUGUAUCGACCAUUGGUUGUUUGUGUUGCAAAAUAAGUGUUCUAGAGCUCUGUGAUGCAAAUAUAUCAGUGUUCUUCAAUUUGAUCUUUUACAAGGACAAUCAUGGAUCAUAUACGUUAUUUGAUGUGAUUAGUUGAAGAGUCGUGGGGGAAACAUGCUGUUUAUUGAUUGUUCUUCCCGUUCUUAGGGGAAGCUGAAGAAAACCAUCUUCAAAACAAUACAAGCCACAACAAGAAAUAUCCAACGUGCUCGACCAGUCUACGUCGUGAUUAUUUGGAGGACUACAGACAGAGAAGAAUUGUGCUACGACGCUCCGAACAGUGAAGAAUGGGAAGUUGCAUGUAACCCAUUUUCUAGAAUUAGUUAGAAUAGUUAGCAAGGGGUUCAGGAUUUUGUGUUUCUGUUCUCUUGUACAGAAUAAUUGCAGGAGAGAAUUAGGAAGAAGCUCGUUUUCUAGGAUGAGGUAUUGUAAAUUUUGAUGAUGGCUGAAAUUAGAUUAUAGGGCUGAGAUAUAUAUAUAUAGAAACAGCUACUUACAAAUAAAAAGAUUCGUUUAUUUGUCAACGACCAAGAGAACAGAAAUUUGAUUCAACCUUGCAAUUCACGUAAUCACAUCAAUUAUAUAAUUAUAAUUUGCGUCCAGACAUGCUUAAAGGGAAGAAAAUCACAUAAUCCGAAGAAUCCUAGAGAAGAUAUAAUAGAUUCAUAGAAAGUUUACUUUGGAAUGUCUCAAAAUAAUACUCUGCUCAAGACCCUUACUUUACAUCACUCCUGUGCACUUAAACAUGUACUUCAGAGGACAUGAUCUAAUAU